AUGGGGCUUGGGACCUUAGGAAGGCCGGUGCAGCGUGUGGGAGACCGUGAGGCUCGGUGGGUGGUUAAAAGGUUCAUUUCCACUGACAUGGAUUGGGAUGCUCGUUUGAGCAGCUCAGAUGGCAGACUUGAGACGAAAGGAAAAAGGACACAGUCAAAUUACGAAGCUUUAGGUAUGGCUCCAAUGGAAGAAGAGUAUUUUAAUGAUUCAAUGAAAGCUAAGCUAUUCAAAGCUAAUAGGGCAAAGAUAAGAUAUGCUAAUACAUACAGACUGGAGUCACAUAAUAAAUUCCGGGAUUAUUUAGUAAGAGACAAAGCUCAAGCAAUACUAACGAAUAAACUUCAACAAGCCAAAUACGAUGGAGUUUCUAGUCCCUCCUUGUGUGCUUCCAUCUCAGAAGAAAUAUUACAGGCUGUGAAGGAAUUGGACUUUGACCGUUAUAAGUACGUGGUAUCAGUACUAAUUGUGGAAAAGGCAGGUCAGGCAAUAAAUGUUGCCAGCAGAUGGGUCUGGGAUGUUCAGAGAGACACUUGGGUUUCAGCUGAAUGUGAAACUGAAACGUUUAUUGCGCUGGCUUUGAUAACGGCUUGUUAUUACGAGUAA